AAAAAGCUAAGUGUGCAGACCUUGCAUUUGAUAUCAAAUCAGAUUUUAAUGCUUUUAUUUGUUGGCGAAAUGUAAUGCGGAAUUGCAAGAUGCAACAAUAGACCUUAUCAAAUGCUGUACAAUAUGAACGAGGCAGACGUGGAUGUGGCGUUCUCUAGCUUUUAUAGCACAGUGGGCAAUCAGCUGCCGCAUACAGAACUGUCGCUAUGCACGCCCACGUCCACCUUACACGACAGCUUUGGCGGUUUCUUUGAGGAUGAUCAGGCGCUUUUGUCGUUGCCCACAACAACGUCGACGUCGGCAAUAGUUGAAGCCAGUUGCAUACCCUUUGUCCAGAUACACACAACGGACUUGCAGCAACAGUGCGAACCGAACAGAAGCUAUCGCAAUGGCUUUCGACGCAAGACAGCCGAAAUCAAAUCGGAGGCAGAGCUCAUCAAGUCCGAGCUGGCUGAAGCGGCGGCAAAAGAGCGCACCAAUGCCACGCCCACGCCGCCAACAGCCAAGCCCAUGAGCACUGAUGGCAGCACCGAACUGCCGCUCAACAAAUGUCCCAAUUGUCCGUUUCUGAGCCUCUGUCAGCUAAAAACGCAAAAUCACAUGAGCAGCUGCUUCGGUGUGGACACCCAACAAAGGUUACAGUGUCCGGGCUGUGCCAAUGUUUUCUAUCACAUGGAUGUGUUGCAUUUGCAUCUUAGCACGGAUCAUCAGCUGGAACAGCAAGAGAUUUCCACACUGUUGCGUACCAUGCCCGACAAGUCCAGCGAGGGCGCCGCCAAGCGCCCACAGCAGCUGGCGCCGCAAGUGCCAAAAAGUCGCAUAUUUAUCAAAAACGUCGACUGUCUGCGGGAGCCGCAUCGCGAGCAGGAUGUCAGUCAGCUGCCAGACUUCCUGCCUAUGCUGUCCUCACCCGUGGACGGCAGUGCGGGCAGCAUACUUGAUCUGCUAGACGAUGUAAGUGCUGUUGAGCCAGCCAAUACAGUGACGUCUAGCCUGAAGCCAGUAGGUCAAAAAAUAUCCAUCAAGAGCGUCGAUGUGCUUAGGGAACCAGCGCUGCUGCCCUAUGACUUUCAGCUGCCCACUGCGACAGUGGCAGAUCAGGCACUUCCUCCGCUAAUGGUGCACAACAAUUUGCUGGAGGUGCAGCCAGAAAAGCCACGACAGCCCAAGAUUUAUAUACGCAACGUGGACAUAUUGAAGGAGCCAAUGCUGCUGCCCGAUAUGGGCUUUGCUGCGCCCGUCUCCAGCGUCACAGGUCCAACUGAGGUUUUCAAUGCGGAUGCGCUGCUCACUCCCACAGGAUCGGUGGGUGCAUUGCCAGGCUUUGAGCCCACACUUGCGCCCUUGGCCAACAUGUGUAACGAGCCCUUCAGCUUUGAUGCUGUACUCAAUGGCGCUGGCGCCGUUGGCAGCAGCAACACUUUCAGCGCUUUGGACUUGGACUUUGGCGUGGACUUUGACAAUGGCGUACAGCUGGUCACAGAGCCGACACCUCCGCCAGCUGAGCAUGCAAUAAUUGUCAGCAGCGCACAGCAGCUGAGCGAGCUGGCGCCAGUGCCUGCGCAUGAGCUCAGCACGCAGCUGGAGAGUUUUCUGCCCAGCACCGCUCAAACGGGCUCGAGCUCAUCCAAGCAAAAGAUCUUUAUUAAGAAUGUGGACAUACUAAAGGCGCCACAGCGUGGCACGCUGCAUCUGCGCACUGUGGAUGAGCUGAAUCUAAUGAACCGCAACGAAGUGGAGCAUCUCAUUGUGCCACAUCGUGAGCCACUGUCCAUGGAGUUGCCCAUCAGCGCUACGACUGCAGUGUUAGAGUCGGGCUUAGUGAACUUUGAGCAGCAGCAAGUGUCACUGCAAGCGGUACAGCCCACACCAGUGCCAGCUCCGUCGGUUGGCUAUGACGAUGGCUAUGAUCUGGCGCAGAACUUGGAAUGCUGGCCCUGGAUGGAGGAGACAGUAACCGAAAGCAUGACGGUGGCCGAAACCGAGCAGCCUGCUGUUCAGCUGGAGCUGCCGAGUUGCUCCGAUGAUCUACUGAUCAAGGACUUUGCGCAACUUUAUACGUCAUCAGCAGCAAGCACAGAAGCGGCUGUGCCUACGCUAUUGCCAACAUCACCAGUUGCUGCCAGUGUCUCGUCCACUGAAGGCAGCCUGAGCAGCUUGCCGGUGCCACCACUAGUACCAUUGGCUGCUGAGGCUGCUUCAGCUGUUGCUCCAGCUGCUGCGGCAGCAACUACUGGCGAUGGCAAGCCCGCACGAAUUUAUGUGGCCAACAAUUUGCUGCCCGCCGUUGCGGAUGCAACACAGGCAGCUGUGCAGGCGGAGGAAACAGUGCGUCGCACUUCUGUGCGUGGACGACCUUAUGGCGCCAGGCAGUCCACAGGUCAAGCUAAGCGAUCAAACCAAAGUGUCAGCCAAGUACCAGAGGCUGGCAAGUGCACCAUAGACGGUUGCAUGUUCCGCUUCAGAUCGCCUUCAACUUUGGAGUAUCACAGUCGCUGUCACAAUGGCGCCUUGGGCUCAGCGCAGCCCAUGAUCUGUCCCGAGUGCAAGUCGACGCAGUUCAGCAACUGGAAUUGCCUGCAUACGCAUCUUUGGCGCACACACGAGAUUGACAUGGAGCUCUACUGCUGUCAGCUGUGCAGCUUCAAGACGCCCAUAUACUCGCGUCUGGUGAACACGCACGCCAAGAUUCACUCCGAGGAGCGCAACUACAAGUGCGAGCAGUGUGGCAAAGGCUUUAAGAACACCAAGCAGCUAAAGAAUCAUCGCCGACUGCAUCGCACACAGGGUCUGGGCAUGCCCAAGCCCCAGCUGGACUCCAGCAUAGCAGUGCAUCGUUGUGACGACUGCGGCGCUGCCUUCAAGCAGCGCAAAACGCUGCGCGAACAUCUCUGCAAGCAGCGCAACGAGCAGCCGCAGUGCAGCAACUGUCAACGCGUCUUUAGCUCCAAGAGCAGCUUGAAGCUGCACAUGCGCAGUCACCAGGAUCAGAAGCGCUUCAAGUGCGACAAAUGUGAGCACGAGGCCAACGAUCAUAACGCCUUUCGUCGUCACCUGGCCACGCAUCGUGAGUCCAAGCGCUACGCCUGUCCGCACUGCGACUUUCGUGCCAUACAGAGCACAGCUUAUCGGAUACAUCUGGAGAAACGCCAUCCGGAGCAGGAGCUGUCCACCAUCAUUCACAAAUGUAAUGUGUGCAAUUUUUCGAGCAUUAAUCGCGGCCUGCUGCUGGUUCAUCAGGCCAAGCACGAAGCGCCAGCCAUCGAAUCGUCCAAGAUUAAAGUCAAAAGCAAUCUGUUGCUAGCACAUUCCACAGGCUUGGAUCAGACUGGCAAAGUGUUAAUGCCGCUAGAGAAUGCUCUCAAUGCUUAGAGCUUACUAGCUUACAAAUACAUUGUAUAUACUAACUAUAAAUUAAGCUAAGCUUAGGCUAAGUACACGUUGCCGCUAUUUCAAAUGCGCACUGUAGAGAUUUCUAUACCAAAACUAUGAGUACAUAAGAACUUUAUCGUCCUUUCAUAAGCUAAGCCCAAUGAGUGUCAUUGUUCAGUUUUAAAAGAUAGUUUCUGCUGCGGCUAGUUCCGCAGUGUUGUUUUUAUAGUUUAUCAACUUCGAUUUACCAAAUAGCGUUAUUUUUUGUUAGUGUACAUACAUUUGUAAAU